AUGCUUCCCCGUCCGCAGGAGAAUACAACUUUGGAUUCAAAGAGAGAAAUGGAUAUCCUUGCGGCGACUUUGGAUGAAAUGAACUCUAUUAAGUCAAGACAUGCAACUGUGAGUGUGGUAGAUGCAAUGCUGGAAGCUCUGCAGCGCGAGAGGAAGUUAGAGGAAGAAGAUGAAGCUCUUAUAAAAUCAGUGUUUCAAGGGACAACCGUUGAUAGCUUCAGCAGUCAAGAUAAUGCCGGUGCUUGUGGGGCUCCCGAUAAGGGAAAGUUUCUUUUCAAGUCCUCUUCUGUUCGGGUUUCAAUUGUGAAGAAACCAACUACAGAGUCGAAUGGGAACAAGCUAGCGACUAACAAGGAUGAAGAAGGAAAGCAAGAUGCCGAACCCACAUCUGUAACGAGCAGUGGAUUACAAUCCCUAUUGUCAGUGUUAAUAAAUAUCCACCACCGACUUUAG